CGGCUGGCCCCUCCCGUCGCCGCCCCUGCCAGCCCCGCCUGUCACCCGGCUCUGCAGCCACCAGCACUAGGAGCAGCCCCGGGCGGCGACAGGACGGUCCCUACGAUGUCUGCCGCCAUGAGACAGAGGUUCGACCACUUCCUGCAAGAGAAGAAUUGCAUGACCGACCUCUUGGCCAAGCUCGAGGCCAAGACCGGCGUGAAUCGGAGGUUCAUCGCGCUCGGUGUCAUCGGGCUCGUGGCCUUGUACCUGGUGUUCGGUUGUGGAGCCUCUCUCCUCUGCAACCUGAUAGGAUUUGGCUACCCAGCCUACGUCUCAAUUAAAGCCAUAGAAAGUCCCAACAAAGAAGAUGACACCCAGUGGCUGACCUACUGGGUAGUGUAUGGUGUGUUCAGCAUUGCCGAAUUCUUCUCUGACCUCUUCCUGUCAUGGAUCCCCUUCUACUACAUGCUGAAGUGUGGCUUCCUGCUGUGGUGCAUGGCCCCCAGCCCCUCCAACGGCGCCGAGCUGCUCUACAGGCGCAUCAUCCAGCCUGUCUUCCUGAAGCACCAGUCGCAGGUGGACAGUGUGGUGAAUGACUUGAAGGACAAAGCCAAAGAGACUGCAGAUGCCAUCGCUAAAGAAGCCAAGAAAGCUGCCGUGAAUUUACUGGGUGAAGAAAAGAAGAGCACCUAAACCCCUGAUGGAUGAAACCUUCUUGCCCGCUCUGUACCUUCCUAGUGAGCUUGAUGUUGUAUUAGGGACUGUGGUAUAAUCAUUUUAAUAUUGUUGCCUUGGAAACAUUUUUGAUAUAUUAAAAAAAGGAAUGUGUUGUAAGGUUUUGUUUUUGUUUUUGCCCACUUGUACUGCCUAUAUACAUAGGGAGCAUUUAAAUGUAAAUGUAAUGCAAUGGGCAGUGUCCAAAUUUUUGGAAAAUAUAUUUUGCCUCUGGGUAGGAAAAGACACGUUAAAGUAAAUAUAAACUUAAAGUAUACAUCUCACAGGCUUUGUACUCCAGUGGGCGCUCUCUGCAUGCAUUUGCUCUGUACUUAUAAUUCAGGAUACUCUUUAAGGUUCUACUUCACGUGUUGUACGGUUUUGUAUUAAGUGUUUUCCAUGUAUUUGCGCAUACAUGUAGGUAGGGGAAUGUUGCUAUCACGUGCUCACGGAGCGCACUUGCCAAACGCUGAAGGUUCCAUUGUGCUGCUGUUCCAUUGAUCUGCUAGACAAUACUGCAGGAGAUUCAUACAUACAAGUAAUAUUUCAAAUGAACAGUGAAGUGAUAAAUGAGGUCGCACGGAGGAGGUUGGCCUGGUUGUUUUUCUAACAUUAUGGCAGCUGAAUACUGGAAGUCACUUUGGUGAUAAAUGGGGAGAUGUACACACACACAGCAGUAAUCUACAGCUCCCAGGUCCCUGCACAACUAGUGAUCCUGUCUUGUGGCCUUUUAAAUACCUGCUUACAAGCUUUAGCUUUGUCCGUUUUUGAGAUGCUAAAAUGGAAACCACCUCCGGUUUCACCUCCAAUGCUAACAUGUUGGUUUAGUCUUGUGUCUUUCCCAGUCUUUUUACAACCCAUUUAAGGAUCCUCCAGAGACUUGCCCACCUCUGAUUACAUGUAUGUUCUUCUUUAUAUCAUUAGCUAGCAACUACAUGCUAAUGAUGACACCAGGCUCUAAGAGCAAUUGCGGGAGAUGGAAAGGAAGUAUGCUUUAACCUCUACUCUAGUUGGCAGUGGCUAAGUCAAAAUACCUUCACCUUCUUUCUCGGGCCUUUAAGGUCAAACACAAGAGGCCUCCCUCUUUGCAUGUCAGAAUCAUUUGUAGUCCAUGUAAAUGCCUUUAUCUUUACGCUUUGUUUUGACAAAUUGCACAUAACUACAUAGUUUAAGGCUUUGUUUUGAUAAAUUGCACAUAACUACAUAGUUUAAGUAUAGAACAAAAAGUUAAAAUCAAUGUCUCCAGCUUGAUCAGCCAAGUGACAUAUAGUGACCAUGACAACUUGUCUGGACUAGAAAAAUGGAGUUUUACACCAGCCAUACUGCUGGGAUCCUUCGAAUUAGACUAAACUGAGUAAAACAAGAGUAUAACAAAACUACCAAGAUUAAAUAUCCAGACUGUAAAAUAUUUUUUUUAAGGUAAAUAAAGAUGAUUAGUUUUCCUUUCGAUAACAGAUUAAAAUCAUAAUGAUGUCUCAUGAUGUAAAAAAUAUUAGAUAUCAAAAAUAACGGACAAUAUCACCCACAUAUUAUAAUGUGGAUCAGGGCAUUUUUUUUUUUUUCUGAGAAAAAUAGUGGUGAUCAUAUGGCAUCUUAUUAAACUUACCUUAAAGGAAAAAAAAAAAAACUUUUA